UGCCCACCUCUUUCCCUCACACUCUCUCUGUGGGGCGCUGCUGGGGGCGGGGGAGGGAGGGAGGCGGCGGCGAUGGGGCUGAGGUGAUUCCUCCUCCUCCUCCCCUUCCUCCUCCUCCUCAAGCGAAGGCCACGGCGCUGGAGAGGCAGCGGGAGCAGCAGCGGUGGCGGAGGAAGAGGAGGCGGCGACGGCGGGUCUUCCGCCGUCCUCAUGGCCCACUCCCCGGUGCAGCAGCCGGGCCUGCCGGGGAUGCAGAAUCUGAAAGCAGAUCCGGAAGAACUGUUUACGAAACUAGAGAAGAUUGGCAAAGGUUCAUUUGGUGAAGUUUUCAAAGGAAUUGACAAUCGAACUCAAAAAGUAGUUGCAAUAAAAAUAAUUGAUCUUGAAGAAGCUGAAGAUGAAAUAGAAGACAUUCAACAAGAAAUCACCGUCCUGAGUCAAUGCGAUAGUCCAUAUGUUACCAAAUAUUAUGGAUCCUAUCUAAAGGAUACCAAAUUAUGGAUCAUAAUGGAAUAUCUUGGUGGAGGCUCUGCUCUUGACCUUUUAGAACCAGGCUCACUUGAUGAAAUCCAGAUUGCUACAAUAUUAAGAGAAAUUCUCAAAGGACUUGAUUAUUUGCAUUCGGAAAAGAAAAUUCAUAGAGAUAUUAAAGCUGCAAAUGUGCUGCUCUCUGAACAAGGUGAAGUCAAACUAGCAGACUUUGGUGUAGCUGGACAAUUAACUGAUACACAAAUAAAGAGGAACACCUUUGUGGGAACACCAUUUUGGAUGGCACCAGAAGUUAUAAAGCAAUCUGCUUAUGAUUCAAAGGCAGAUAUCUGGUCACUGGGCAUAACAGCCAUAGAACUGGCAAAAGGUGAGCCGCCGCACUCAGAACUGCAUCCAAUGAAAGUUUUAUUCCUCAUUCCAAAGAACAAUCCACCAACAUUAGAAGGAAAUUACAGUAAACCCCUAAAGGAGUUUGUUGAGGCCUGCUUGAACAAGGAUCCAAGCUUUAGACCAACAGCAAAAGAACUCCUGAAGCACAAAUUUAUUGUACGAAAUGCAAAGAAAACCUCUUAUUUGACAGAUCUGAUUGACAGGCAUAAAAGAUGGAAGGCUGAACAGAACCAUGAUAACUCAAGUUCUGAAGAUUCCGAUGGUGAAACAGACGGACAAGCCUCAGGAGGCAGUGAUUCAGGGGACUGGAUAUUUACAAUCCGAGAGAAAGAUCCCAAGAAUCUAGAGAAUGGAGCUACCCAGCUGCAUGAGUGGGAAAGAAACAAGGAAAAUACCAUUCAAAGGCGGCCUUUGUCUCGGUGCUUAUCUACGAUUAUAUCCCCGUUAUUUACAGAGCUGAAAGAGAGAAGCCAAGCUUGUGGAGGGAACGUGGGGUCCAUAGAGGAAUUGAGAGAAGCCAUUUAUUUAUCUGAAGAAGCAUGUCCAGGAAUUUCAGACACAAUGGUGACAGAGCUUGUAGAAAGACUUCAGAGGUAUUCAGUGGCCGGAGGGAGUGCAUCGUCCCACUGAAGCUUUCCUCUGCGGCGUUGCCUGCUUCCCUGGGGAUCCUGGAGGCGCCUGCUUGACUGUUGGUCAGUUGGGCAUAUUCAAUGUAUGGACAAUCCUGAAGAGGCAGCGCGGGCAUUGUUUUUCAGCUCUGUAUAGUUUUUUUUAAAAAAAACCCACCAUAAUGCACAUAUUCAAAGGAGGUAUCUUUUUAAAUUUCUGAGAUGUAUAUUUAGGAUUGAUUGCAGUUAGGAAACUAAAGCUAUUGUGAAAUCUCAGGUAUAUUGCUUUCAGUCACUGACCUUCAGCAAAUGGACCCAGAUCCAGAAGUGGGUCUGUCCCAAUCUAAAAUGGCGUUGCCACCCUUUUUUUUGUUUUAGGUUUAUAUUUUGAGAAAAGGAAAACUUAGGGAGGAGAAAUUAAGUGAGCUGUGUAUUUCAGAUUGGGGUUUCAGGUGGAUCUUGGGUCUCACAAUGUUGAAGGUAACUGCUUUAAGUCGAAUCUGUGAAUUGGAAAAUGUUCUAUUGGCUACGUGUACAGAUUUGUAUAUAGUCACUUUUUUUAACUGAAACUUGCUCAGUGUGCAUAGAAAAUCCCUCUGUACAAAUCGCCAAGUGCUUCUGUAGAUGAUACUAGUGAGGUAAAUAUUUUGGCAGAUCAUGACUGAUUAUUGGCUUGCCUUUGAUAUAUGAAAACUGAAUUAUAUGACAACUGGUUUGACCUGACCUUGUAUUUAUAGGUCAGAUAAUUAAAGCCGUGCUAUAAAAUAAUUGUUUGUACCUCAGAUGCAGAACUUUUCUCUUGUUUUGUACACAAUAGUGUUCUUUGUUGUUGAUCUAGAGAUGGGUCUUUACUCAUGGUACGACUUUGGUUAUUUUAAUUUACUGCAUCAUUUUGAAGUUCUAUGAUUUUUUAGUGUUUUUUAUAUCUGUUUAAAAUUGUGCCAAUGAAAAGUCUGAAUUCACUUUUAAUAGUUUUAUUUGAAAUUAUUUUGUAAAACCAGAACAUUUCCAUUAUGACUAAAUUUGAAAAGAAUAAGUUGAAAUCAUUCCUAAAAUCCUCGCUUAAUAACGGCAGUUAAAAUGAUCAAAAAUAUAUGUAAUUAUUGUUAUGGAAAAUUAUACAUAUUUUUACCCACAAUUGCAAUAAAUUUGUUCCAUAGCUGGAAAAAGAUAUAAACAUUUCAUCUAGACCUAAUAUAGAAAUUCUGACUACUAUACGUUUACUUUCUAUAUUUUAUUGUUUUGUUUUGUUUUUGUCAUUCAUCAUCUGAACUUAAUCUCUCUUCUAAUUAGAAGGAAUUAAUACAAUGUUCAAAUAUUUGAUGGGUAUCUCAUUUGGAGUUUUCUAAAGAAAUUUUUUGAGGUGAGUGGAAUAUAGUUGAAAAAGUAUAAUUAAAAUGAAGCAAUGGGUACUUGGGUUAUUCAGUGGCAUCAAUAUUCUCUCUAAUGGAAGAUCAAGUUUUGGUUACUUCUACUCCAUUCAUGUUGAAAGUCCAACAGAAAACCUUGUUUUCAUAGUUUAAAAAUCCCAAAUGUUCAAAGGCAACUGAAUGGCAGGGUUUAAUCUUUGUUUUUUGAGCCAAAGCAUUUGUAGUAAAACAAGAAUGAGAAUGUGCUACUCUGUUAUACUAGCAUAGAAACGAAGUAAGGAUAUUUGCUGAGACAGGUGUGGAACUUCACUCACUGCAUCUGUAAGGAUCUUCUUCUUUAGACAGAGAGAAAUUGAAGUUACUCUGUUUUGGUGAUUACCCUAUCUUUCUGAGUGGCAGUAGAAUGUUACUCUAGUCCUUUUUCCUUAACAUUCACUAAUCCUUUAAAAAUGGUCCAGUCACAUAUUUAGAAUGAUAAUCCUGCAGGUACCUCCAAGGGGAAAACACUGUAGUAAAGUUAAUAGCUUCCUUUGAAGCAUACUGAUGGAGAAGUGACAAGAAAAAGACAGGUUUUAGUCCACCAGCUUUGUAGGUAGCCACAAUCCCCACUAUUAUUUUCAGGAGUGUCUGUACACAGCCUAAAACUUUACAGAUUCCAGAAGUUUUUGGUAGGUAACCCACCGUUGUAAGGAUAAUGUAAAAAUCUCUUUUCUAGGAAUAUCACUUUGAGAAUUGCUAAAUGGGAGUCAGAAAACUCAGUUUUGAAAAUGUGGUCAUUUUGGCCAUUCCCCCCCCCCCCCCCCCCACAAAUAAUGCUUACUCUAGAACUAAAUCUGGAAUUUCGGCCAAUCUCAAAUAUGUUCUUGUACAAAAUGGCUUUUUGAAGAGUUGCUUGGUUUGGAGAUGAAAUAAAGGAUUUGGCCGAUUUAUGAAAUUGAAUUCAGGUAGCCUUGAGUGUAUCUGCACUCGUUAGAACAGCCUGAUAAAACUUUGGUUACCAUAGCUUCAUGCUGUAGAAGACUGGGUUUUGUAGCUUAGUACUCAAGACCUUUCUGCUUAGCUCUAGUGCACUUCCCAGAAUACAUGCAUCAAACUUAGUGCACUAUCUGGUUUGAAAUAGGGAAUAUAGAUGUAAAUUUCUGAAACAAAAGUCGACAGCUCACCCUUAGUUGGAACCAAGUCAUAUGUCUUCAUUCUAAAGCGUAUUAUUAAAUUCUUGAGGUAAGGAUUUUACUUUGGCCUUUUAAGGUUACUACUUAUCAUCCCUUAAACGUACUUUUAGAACUAGCCUCUUCUAAACAAAUGCAAUACUUGAAGUGUGUUGUUCUCUCAAUUGUUCGAUGUGCUCCCAAAAGCAGUUUUCUAUCCCUUGGUAAAUAUAGUUUCUGUCUUGAAUAUGUUUGAUUGGAAAAAAAAGUUUCACUUUCCCAAAAUUAGGUGCUAAGCAAGUUGUAAGCGUAAAUCAAAUCUUUUAAACUAGAAAGAUUUGUGUUUUGUCAAGUCAUAUUCCAUGUGUUUCGUAAGAAAACUCUGUUGCAGUUACAUAAGAGAGUUGGAGUUAGAUGGUAGAAGGCCAUUGUGCACAGAACUUCUAGUGAAAUAGUGAAAGUUGCUCCUAUCCUCUCACCAUGUAAUGAGGUGCCAUGGGUUUUUGUUUGAGUCACUUGCUUUGUUCUUGACUUCCAUGUUGCAUUUUGUAAUUUUGAAACCAUGCUGCACUGAUAUUUUUGUAACUGUUUUAGAACCACGUCAGAGGUUUGUGCCCUAAUACCCUACGAUGGGAUUGUGCAUCCGUCUCUGCAUAGAAGAGGGAAUGGGUGUCUUGGCUUAUGCAUAUAUAGGUGAACCCUUCAUUAACCUGACUUCUUUUUUGUCCACCCUUUUUGAAGAGGAAGGAUUGUGGCAGUGAGUUUUGUGCAUGAGAACCCAAGGCUUAGUCUUCCCCUUGCCGUGUAUGCUCCCACAUUUUGCCAUGUGUAGGCUAAACUGGUCCUUUCUUUUUUCCUUAUAGAUAUGCUGUUCAAGUUGUAAAUGUAUAAAUAAAGUGGCAAAAGCGACAGCACCUUAUAUAACAUUUAAAGACUAACAAAUUUAUUGGCACACAAGUUCUCUUGAGUUAAAAGUGGCAGUACAUAUGUAUAAGAAAAGGUGGUCUGAAAGACUGAAAAGCAAGAGGCAGUUUUGGUCUACAGAAUACAGGAAGUUUUCCUAGUCUGGCACCUUCUGGAUUUAUGAAUUGUUAUGGGCAGAAACCCAGCAGUGCUGCCUAUAGAGGAGCCUGAAGUCCAGAAUACCCAGAGGGUGCCAAAUUGGGCAAAGAUAAACUCAACAUGCAUUUGGAUUCAGCAGACUUGCAUUUGUGUUUUAAGCUUUAUGACUUUUUGGUCCACUUACUAGUUUAUUUUGUCCUAUUGUGUCCCUCUAUGUGUAUGCACACGAACCCCCCCCCCCCCCCCCAAAUUCAUACGUCUUAUAAGCACAUUCAUCCAGUGAUGUUUGGUGGAAAUUUUUUUUGGUGACAAAAUUUUACCCUUUUGAAAAUGUGCUAUUUCAUAAAACUAGCAAAAUAAUAAUUGGCAACUUUUUUUUGACAAGUUCAUCAUUUUUAAAGUUAGAAUUAACAUUUUUCAAGUCCUUAUUUCAAAGUAAUGAUCAGGAAUAUAAUAGUUCUUUGGGUGUCCUAAUGUUAGCAUUAGUGCCUUUGUGCCCACCUAAAAUUCAAAGUGUAGGACUGUUUGCUAUUAUGUUAUGUUGCGAAGUUUUAAUGGCAUUAUUGGAUUUGUGUGAAUAUAAAUUUAAAAUUGUUUACUGAUUUCCCCCACCAUCAUAUGGCUGAGAUCCUGGAUUGGGAGUGAUUGCAUAUUAUGUCACUCCAAAUCCACUUUGCAGGUAUCCCCCCUCCAGUGGCAUUUUUUUCAUGAUGGAAGAAUCGGGGUGGGUUUGCAUCCAGCCAUUUUCCUGUACCAGGUCAUACAGCAACAGACACCUGAAGGGAAUUUUGGGGGUCCUUAGGAGGUUCCUUGUAUCACAACCUGGUACAGGUGAGUAGAUGGAUCCCCACCUUAACCAGCUAAUCUCCCCGCUCUCUGACAAAACAGACAUUGUCAUGUAGGCUUUUGGGGGGGGGGGGGGGCAGCGGCAGUGGAGCUGUGUAGUUUACAAUGUGAGUUUUGAGGGGCUUUUGGUUGUUGUAUGGUUGUAAUAGAAUUCGGAGCUCUGCAACAACUAAAAAUAUGAUCUGGGAUCGCAUAACUGACUUACUGAUCAUAAUUCACCAACAGGAUGUCAGCUAAAUGUUUCUGUUCAGAUACUUUGGGAAUUGCAAAUUUUGAUGGGAAACAUAUAUAGCACAUGAUGGCAUAUUCUAAAUAUGAAGAAGCUAGAGUGAAUUCUGGUCAGUGUAUAGUAUCAGAAAGUUCUCUAGGAACUUCUUGUAGAAAAACCAUGACGCCAUAAAACUAUGCCACAAUAAAUUAAGAUUCUGCAGAACUGUUUUCAGUAGCUGUCUAAGAAUUUGUUUCAGUAAAGUGGAAUUGUAUUACGAUGUUAUCAUAAGCAAAGGUAUGAUAAACAGAUGCAAUAGACUUUGUAUAAAAGACUUAUUUCUAAGUGGGUUCUUUUAUAAAAGGCAGGCUUCAGCAUAUCUGCCCACAUGUCUGUUGUCUAGUAUCUCAUGCUAAAGAUAUAUAGUGCAUACACAGAACAAAGCCCUGCUUAGGAAAUUUGAAGUAGAUGGAUAAAAUAUAAUUGCUGCCUUCCUAAUUUGUUUUUUUUACUGUUCGUUAAAGCUAAGAGGUUUUUUGCUAGAUGAGACCCAAGGUCCAUUUAGCCUAACAGUUUGCUGUUAGCAAUAGCCAGCCAGCUGCCUUUAGGAACUGUGCAUACACAGUAUUCUGGGAAUAAACCUGUCGCCCUGAAUUCUAGUCUAUCUGGGUAUAAACUGGGCUUAUGGAUGUCCCACUUCUAGCUAUCAUGAGAAACAUCUGGUGAAAGACCAGUCCUUGUUCUCAAGUGCUGUUUAUUUUUUUCUGCAAUACUAUUUAUCAAUCUGUAUGAAAUCUGCUAAUGUCACGCAUCAAGCUAUUCUCAAUUCCUUGUAUCUUACCUCUCACAAAAAUAAAGAAAUACAACAAUUUU